CGGAAGUACAUGUGAGUCGGUUGGAACACGUUGUAGCGGAGAACCAGAACCAGAUUUGGUCGCCGAAGACCAGGUCACUCAGGCGCCCGCCCUCGACCGCCACCCAAAACGCAUAGCACCGGACUCUUCAUGCUUGCCCCCGCAGGUGGUGGGUCUACAGGGGGGAGAUCCUGUGUGGCUUCUCGGGCAGGGCUCGGCCGGGCCUCACGUGUGAAUGCCCCUACCCCGGGCCUGCCUCCAGGAUGCAGCGAUGGAGAGCGCAAUCGCUGGAUCGGAUGAGUAAGGCCGCACAGGAGUGACUGCAGCUUGACCAGCGUGGUUUGCAUUGUUUCAAGUGGAGGAAUAAAUUGCUUUUGUAAAACUGUUGUAUGCACCCCAUCGUAUUCUAUACACACACACACACACACACACACACACAAAAUCUAUUUGUAUUCCAAAAAUAACAUGAUUUUAGAUUUAAGUUAAAUAAUUGUCUAUUUUUAAUCAACCACCUCUAUAUUAUUUUUCAAUAUAAUUGGUUACUAAGUUCUUCAUGGCCUUACUGAUGUACAGUACACUUUUAUAUAAAGUAUAAAAUAAAGAAUUUUGUUCCCAUUAUUGACCCCUGUGUAAACUAUAACUAAGCUUGAUAUUUAAGACGUGAAAAAUAAAAGCAAAAUGACUGCGCACCAAACUGCUGUACGUAAGGAUUGUAUUUUUCUGUAACGGUUGCUUUUUUUCCCUAAAGUAAGCUGCUGGCGCUAGCAUGUUAUGCCAGCAGCAAGGCCCUAGCACCGGAAGUGGCUCUUCUUCGUGGGUGGAGUCUUCCCCAGCCGCUGAGUGCCACGUUGAUGGAGACCAGUGGAGACGUGGAAACUAGCAGUCGGGAGAUAUCUGCCCUGCAGGAUGAAACUAAAAGAGAUCAACCGGACGGCCAUCCAGAGCUGGAGCCCGGAACACCACCACCCCAUCUACCUGGCCACAGGAACGUCAGCCCAGCAGCUGGAUGCCUCCUUCAGCACCAACGCCUCCUUGGAGAUCUUUGAGUUGGACUUGUCGGACCCGUCACUGGACAUGAAAUCAUGCGGCAGCAUCUCUUUGUCUCACAGGUAUCACAAGCUGGUCUGGGGUCCUUUCGGAACAGACUCUCAGGAUCACUCGGCAGGUGUGAUUGUUGCCGGGGGAGAGAACGGCAACGUCAUCCUCUACGACGCCGCCAAGAUCAUGGCCGGGGCGAGCGACGUGAUUAUUGCGGAGAGCGACAGGCACACGGGGCCAGUGAGAGCUCUGGACGUCAAUCCCUUCCAGACUAACCUUUUUGCAUCCGGUGGGAACGAGUCUGAAAUCUUCAUCUGGGAUAUGAACAACUUCACCUCCCCCAUGACACCAGGACCCAAAACUCAGUCUGUGGAGGACGUGGGCUGCGUGUCGUGGAACAAACAGGUCCAGCACAUCCUGGCCUCAGCCAGCCCGAGCGGCCGCGCCUCCGUGUGGGACCUGCGCAAGAACGACCUCAUCAUUAAAGUCAGCGACCACAGCAACAGGAUGCAUUGCUCUGGCCUGGCUUGGAACCCGGAGGUGGCCACCCAGCUGGUCCUGGCCUCUGAGGACGACCGCAUGCCCGUCAUCCAGAUGUGGGAUUUACGUUUCGCUACCUCCCCUCUCAAGAUUUUGGAGAAUCACACGAGAGGCGUCCUCGCCAUCGCGUGGAGUCGGGCUGACCCAGAGCUGCUCCUCAGCUGCGGGAAGGACGGCAGGAUUCUGUGCUGGAACCCGAACACGGCAGAGGUGGUCUACGAGCUGCCCACCAGCAGUCAGUGGUGCUUCGACAUCCAGUGGUGCCCAAGGAAUCCCGCCGUGCUGUCGGCCGCCUGCUUUGACGGACACAUCGACAUUUACUCCAUCAUGGGCGGCAGCAGCCACGCACAUGGCCUUAGACACGCUGACCAGAUCAGUAACUUGUUUGGCAACUUGGAUCCUUUCGGUACGGGACAAACGUUGUCCCCGCUGCAGGUGCCUCAGCGCUCCGCCACCUCCACUAACGUCAACCCCCUGAAGAAGCCCCCAAAGUGGAUCCGCAGGCCCGUGGGGGCAUCGUUUGCUUUUGGAGGUAAGCUGGUGUCGCUGGAGAACGGCGCACCCAACCCCCAGCAGACCAGUGUGCACGUGGUGCACAUCAGCCAGGUGGUGACGGAGACCACCUUUUUGAGGCGCUCGGAGCAGCUGCAGGCCACUCUCAGCACCGGCACCUUCCAGGACUUCUGCCAGGAGAAGAUCCAUGCAGCGGAGAAUGACUUGGACAAAACUCUUUGGUCUUUCCUUAAGGCCAACUUUGAAGGUGAUGCUCGCAGUAAGUUCCUGGAGCUUCUGGGCUACAGCAAAGAGGAUGUGGUUUCCAAGAUUUCAGCAGCUCUGAAGGUCAAGCCUGCUGAGGCUGUCCUGGAGGAUGUGUCUGCUCCAGCUAGCAUGCCAGCUGACAAUGCAGGGGCUGCCUUUGACAUGAUGGCUGCUACAAACCUGGAUGCUGCAGGAGGUCCAGGCCAGGCUGGGGCGCCACAGGAAGAUGAAGAGGAGGAGGAGGAGGAGGAGGAGGAGGAGAAGAUUUCCUUGGAGGAGGACGUCCCACUGGAGGAGGAGCAGGAGGAGCUGUGUCCUGCAGAGACCCCAUCCCAGGUGGGGCAGCCCGUAGAGGCUCCUACAGGAGGAGUCAGCCUCAGCAUCAGUCAAGAUGUGGACGGGCUGAUCACACAGGCCCUGCUGACCGGCGACUUUGAGGCAGCCGUGGAACUCUGUCUCCAUGACAACCGCACGGCCGACGGCAUCAUCUUAGCCAUCGUCGGUGGGUCCGAGCUCCUGGAGAAAACCCAGAGGAAGUAUUUUAGGAAAAGCCACAGCAGGAUCACCAAGCUGAUCAGCGCCGUGGUGAUGAAGGACUGGCACGACAUUCUGAAGACGUGCGACCUGCACAACUGGAAGGAAGCUCUGGCGGCCGUCAUGACCUACGCACAGCCUGAGGAGUUCUCUUCGCUUUGUGAUCUCCUCGGGGCCCGGCUGGAGGCGGCCAACGAAGCUCAGCUGCAAGUGCACGCCAGCCUGUGCUACAUCUGUGCCGGCAACGUAGAGAAGUUGGUGUCAUGCUGGACCAGAGCACUGGAGAGACACUGUCCGCUUUCCCUCCAGGACCUGGUGGAGAAGGUGGUGGUGCUGCAGCAUGCGGUGGAGCAGAUGCAGCGCUCGGGCCCCGCCGCCAUUGGCGUCCUGCUGGCUGAGAAGAUGGGCCAGUACACAGACCUUCUGGCCUCCCAGGGCAGCCUGUCCACCGCCAUGGCCUACCUGCCUGACAACAGCAACCAGGUGGCCUUGCAGCAGCUCCGCCAGCGCCUUGGCCGGGCCCUGGGUCAGCAGCAGAUUGAGACACACAGAGCUCAGCCUUCUUCCCACGGAGCCACUCAGCACCGCCAUCCCUUCGCUCCGGUCCAGCCUCACGCCACCACCCCAAUUCCCCCUGUAAUCGCACCUGCACCCGCCUCUGUCCCACCAGCACCGCAGUUUUACCAGCCCGUGAGGGCUGCCUCCACUGUCACCUCCUGGAGUAACCAAACUCCAACAGCCCUCCCCAGUGCCCCGCCUCCACUGCAGGUGGGCCCCGCCUCCGAGCAGAAGGUGGAGCCGCCAAAGCCUUUGUAUGGGAUGCCGGCGUCCAACCCCGCCGCCGCCCCGCUUGCGUCCUCGGCGGCUCCUGCGUACAUGUUCCCCCAGCAGUACCAGCCCCCCCAGGUCCAGCAUUACACACCUGGAGCCUAUCAGCCCCUUGACUACUCCUCAGCUCCUCCUCUUCCUCUUCCUGUGGAGCCCUCCUCCCCUCCUCACCCGCCCGGCUUCCUUUCUCAUUACACCCAGCCUGUACCCCCCCGCAACCCGUGCCUGCCCCCGCCGUCCUCCUCUCUUCCUCCUUUCUUUCCCUCCUCUGACCGCGCUCAACAUCCUCCAUCCUCGUCCGGAGUGUCUUUCCAGCACGGCGUGCCGGGCUCUCCUGGGUCCUACGCCCCGCCCCCUCCGCCGUGCGGAGUCUCAGGUCCUCAGAAUGGCUGGAAUGACCCCCCAACCCUGAGCAGAUCAUCAAAGAAGAAGAUGACGGACAACUUUACCCCGCCCACCCCCAUCACUGCUCCCAUCAUGGCCCCCCUGGGCGCCGACCCUCAUGUCCAACCCGUAGCCCCGCAGGGCGCGGCACCGGGCCCGCGCGGCAUCCAGGCCUCUUACUCGGGCGUGCAGCAGAUCCCGCCACAGCCCAUGAACCCAACCGUGCCCAAGACCAGCAUGGAGGGAGCACCCGGGGCCCCGACGGGUGACGCCACACAGCCUCUGCACUCCAUGCCUGCCGAGAAGAUCCUGAAGAAGCCCAUCCCUGACGAACACCUGGUACUGAAGACCACCUUUGAGGGACUCAUCCAGAAGUGCUUGGUCGUGGCCACAGACCCGCAAACCAGGAGGAAGCUGGACGACGCCAACAAACGCCUGGAGGCGCUCUACGACAAGCUGCGAGAACAGUCGCUCUCCCCCACCAUCAUCGGGGGUCUGCACGACAUGGCGAGGAGCGUGGAGUCGCGCUCGUACGGCGAGGGCCUCAACAUCCACACCCACAUCGUCAGCAACAGCAACUUCAGCGAGACGUCAGCCUUCAUGCCCGUCCUCAAGGUGGUGCUGACGCAGGCCAACAAGCUCGGCGUGUGAGCGGUGCCGCCUUCCUCCGCCAAUCCACUGCUGGUUCGCUUCCUGUUGGUGCCGUCCAUUUGAAAGGAAAAGUGCACUUUCUUUGGAAUGUUGUCCAUCAGCCACAAUCCUCAUGUGAGACAUGAACACACGUUUCUCUUUUCUGUGCCUUCUAAAGAUAUAAAAACAGGUAAAAAGAGGCAGCUAAUGAAUGCACGUAACGGAACACACCUAUGAAAACACCUCCAACAAGGUUUAGUGGUUUUCCAUCCAUGCUGUGAGCGUGUAGUAACAGCUACGUUCAUGGUACCAUGUCAUACUUGGAGUAUAUUGGCAACUUUGAUUUCACAUAGCAACAUAGAAAGGAACGCUACACCUAGCAUCAAAAACAACAACACAACUCCAAUAUGUAGCGUUACCUUGGUGAGGCUAGUGGCUAGCCGCCGUGGUGUGGUGAGGUGUCACUACGCCAGUAAGGUAGUUCUUGGGCGUAACAAUGUUAACAACAAUAAUAAGAACAAUGUGCUUCAUAUGCAGCUCACAUGAUGGACAUUUUUGGAGGUUUUUUUAGAAGGUUUUAUAAGUGCAAUAGAUGCGUCACAUUACGUGCAUUCUUAGCUGCCUCUUUUUACCUGUUUUUCCAUCUUUAGAAGGCACAGAAAAGAGAAAGAUGUGUGUUCAUGUCUCACAUGAGGAUUGUGGCUGAUGGACAACAUUCCAAACAAAAAGGGCACUUUUUCUUGAAGUGCGAUGGCAGGCCGACCAAUGAAGGGCUAUUUUGAAGUUCCACUCCCAAUCACUCUGAUAACGUGAUAACACACUUUUAAAUCAUUUUUUUAUGAAGUGAAGCGCAAUCAUUUCAAACAAGGAACGCCCACACUGCUGAUCAGGAAUUAAAAAGGGAAGUUCAGGAAUCCUGUGGGCAUUUCCAUCAUCUAAUGUAAUAAGAGAAUAGAAUUAGGCUGAUUCCCUCCCCUUCAAACUGCGCAAUUACACGUUCAUGUAAUCCCUUUUGUUGUUUCUUUUUUUAACAUCGGCGUUAUUGCUUGUCUGCAUUUCCUCCCACAAGCAUGAAUGCCAAAAAUAAAGCAGCUAAUCUGACGUGGUUAGCACCUUUUUUAUUACACUCACGCUUUCUGUGCUCAAUCACACUCAACGGACCACAGCACAGCAAUGCAAUCCCAGACUUUCUUUUAUUUCAUGAUGCUCCGCUGAGUGCAAUGGACUAGAAUGAAGAAAACAACAAAGGUGUUGAAAGUGCACGCUUAAACACCUACCAGGCCAACAUUCAGCGAUGAGUCGGCCCGUCCUUCAGUUUAUGUUGAAAAGGAAAACAAAUCUGUUGUAGAACCACAUGCAAUAUUUUCAAUAAAUAGUAUUUAUUUACA